GAAGAGCUUGUCUCUACCUUAAAAAGCUCAGUGCUAUCCGCAGCUUGUUUCUCUCUCGUUCUCGAGCUCAAUUUGUUCUGCAAUUCACGUCAUCACGUAUUCGUCACCUCCACUACGUUCGUUUCAUCGCUUCCAUCGCCGGCCAUGGCGGCGUGUUCGCAUCGGUUGCUGCACUUCCCAUGGCUGCUGCUGCUGCUGAAGCCCUCGAGCCCGACAACCUCGGCUCUUGCAAACCCGGAUGGACACAGGCGCAUGGGGAGGCUCUUCUCCUGCUGCUCCGCCGCUCAGGCCCUGUCUCCCUCGCCGCCUCCGUCGUCCGCUCCCGAGGCCCACGGCGCGCCGGGAGAACCGGGGCCGCUGAAAUGGCUGGCCUUUCGGAAGAAGAAGGUGGUGAUGCGGGUCGGUUACGUGGGCACCAAUUACAGAGGUCUUCAGAUGCAACGAGAUGAGCACUCAUUGGCAACUGUAGAAGAAGAAUUGGAAAAUGCUAUCUACAAGGCUGGUGGAAUUCUAGAAAGUAACUAUGGGAAUCUGAAUAGAAUUGCCUGGGCCAGAAGUAGCCGGACCGAUAAAGGAGUUCAUUCACUGGCGACUACCAUAUCGCUCAAGAUGGAAAUUCCUGACAGUGCAUGGAAGGGAGACCCUUAUGGUAUCCAUCUCGCCAGUCAUAUUAACGCAUAUCUUCCUGAAGAUAUCAGAGUUUUUAGCAUUCUACCUUCAAAAAGGAGCUUUGAUCCAAGACGGGAGUGCAAUAUCCGGAAGUAUUCGUACCUUCUUCCUGCUGACAUUAUCGGGAUGAAAAGUAAUUGUACCUCCAGUGAAGUUGAUCAUCACAUAUCGGAUUUUAAUCAUAUAUUGAGCACUUUUGAGGGAGAGCAUCCUUUUCAUAACUAUACUGUACGUUCUAAGUACAGAAGAAAGUUGCCCAUAAAGAAGUCACGGAGAGACAAGCGUUCAACAAUGGAAGAAAAACCAUUUGAUGCAGCAUCUGCAUCUGAACAGGAAGAAAGUGAUGAAGAGCUUAUUGAGAAUGAAUUUGCAAUUAAUUGUAAGGGAGCGGAUGAACAUGCUCUGCAGGGGAGUGGCCUUGAUGAAAAUUUAAUUGACUUUUGCCAAAAUCGUAGGAAUGAUCUAUGGAGCAGAAGUUCAGAUAAUGUCAUUAGGGCAAGAUGGUUACAUGAACCUGAUGAGAAAGACCGAAUUAGUUCUUCUCAUUUUAGAAAGAUUCUUCACUGCUCUUGUGGCAAAUUGGAGAAUCUGCUUGGGUCAGGUUAUGUUGAGCUCUCCAUCUGGGGAGAGUCUUUCAUGUUGCAUCAGAUCCGCAAAAUGGUGGGGACUGCUGUAGCUGUAAAGCGUGACUUACUUCCUAGAGAUAUUCUCACAUUGUCACUGGCCAAAUUUUCUCGUGUUGUGCUUCCACUUGCUCCAUCUGAGGUAUUGAUACUUAGAGGGAACAAGUAUGUCAUGAGAAAGGGACCUAUUGAUGUUGUUAGGCCUGAAAUGAUGGCAUUAGUGGAGGCCGAUGCUGUGUUGAGCACCGUCGACAAAUUUUACAGAUCAGUAAUGUUGCCUCAAGUUGCUAGAUUUCUUGACCCUUCAAGACCCCCUUGGAAAGAAUGGGUUGAGAAAUUGGAUGAGCACACUCCUAUUCCAGACACGCAGUUGGACGAACUCAGGGCUGCUUGGGAAUCCUGGAAGGAAACUGCCGAGACUCGAAAAGGUGCCGUGUCUGUUGUUAGUCGAUGAUCAAUGGACAUGUAUCACAGCAGGCAUCUUGCAAUAUGUUGAUUGGCUUCACCAUCUUUCAGGCAAUUGUGAUCACGUCCAUUUAACAAGACCAUAGUUUCUAGUGCUGCGCUGAAGCAUGUCGCUGCGGCUUCUUGUAAUGACACCUCUGUGUUUUUUGUUCGCUUCAAUUUCAGCCCCCCAAGGAAUCUGCGGUGCCUAGGACAUGAACUCUCCUCUGCAUGUCUCGUUUCGUGGUUGAUGUUUAUUGGAGGAACUUUCCCAAGUAUGGUGCAACAAACCGCACAAAACCGAACAUUUUACAUGUCAAAUUCGGAGUGACCGCCAUUUGCUUCUGAAAGAUGGGAGAUUGAAGUUUCUGGAUUGCUGAUUUGUUACGUUGUAGUCACUGCUCAAGAAGCAUUUGACAUGACGCGUUUACAGAAGAGAGGGGAAGCUUUUCGGGCAUCCAAAUAGCUAUUGUUUCGCUUUUUUAAUCGAACAACGUUUCUGCUUGGAACUUAGUGUCAUGUGUAAACUGCUGAGCCAUUGCUCGGAGGGGAAGAAUGUGUGAUGAAUGACAUUUGUUUGAUGUA